GCAAUGCGGAGGUCGUUUCCUGUGGUCGGGAGAGCCGUCGGCGCACACGAGGACUCGCGUUGAGCGCUGAGUCGGACCUCUUUCCGCUGCGUCGCCCUGCGAAGCCGGCUCGGUUUUACCUGGAAGACGGGUGGGCGCUUUUCGCGUGUGGGAGCCAGCAGGGAGCUGCUUUUAAACGCUUUUAAAAGGAGGCGACCCAGAUAAAAAGGCUCACCGGGCCGGGUGGUUAUAAAACUGUGGAAGUGCGCAGUGAAAUAGCGAGCCAGCGAUGGAACCCAUAGACAGUGCCCCCGACUCCUGGGAGCAGGAGGACGACAGCGAGGCCCCGGUCGACGUGCCGCUUCGAGCCGCUCUCGGCGCCCUCAACGUCCACGCCGCCGAGUUCGUGCCGGGUGCUCGCCAGAUGGUCCCCAGCGAAGAGCCCGGCCGCCGCGGUCCCGAGACAGUCAACUCUACGGAAGCGUCAGAACCCGCUGCCCCCCUGGAGAAUGGCGAGACUGGGGUGGCCACAGAGGAGACGUGGGAGCAGAAGGGGGCAGGACCCAGCGAGGCGGAGCCGGGAGGCGUGGGCGACGGGGGCACAGGCGGUCCAUCUGCAGAGGAAGAUGAAGAGGAGCCCCUGAUGGAAGAAGAGGAGGAGGUGCCAAAGCCCAAGCUGACCCCUGCCCUGCCAGAUGCACCCAAGAAGGAGCACGUCAACGUUGUCUUCAUUGGACACGUGGAUGCUGGCAAGUCCACAAUCGGAGGACAGAUCAUGUAUUUAACAGGCAUGGUGGAGAAGCGAACCUUGGAGAAGUACGAGAGAGAGGCCAAGGAGAAGAACAGAGAGACUUGGUACCUUUCCUGGGCCUUGGACACGAACCAGGAGGAACGGGACAAGGGCAAGACGGUGGAGGUCGGCCGGGCCUACUUCGAGACUGAGAAGAAGCACUUCACCAUCCUGGAUGCCCCAGGACACAAGAGCUUCGUACCCAACAUGAUUGGCGGGGCGUCGCAAGCCGACCUGGCCGUGCUGGUGAUCUCGGCCCGUAAAGGCGAGUUUGAGACGGGCUUCGAGAAGGGUGGCCAGACGCGGGAGCAUGCCAUGUUGGCCAAGACUGCUGGCGUGAAGCACCUCAUCGUGCUCAUCAACAAAAUGGACGAUCCCACGGUCAACUGGAGUCUGGAGAGGUACGAGGAGUGCAAGGAGAAGCUAGUGCCAUUUCUGAAGAAGGUUGGCUUCAACCCUAAGAAGGACAUCCACUUCAUGCCCUGCUCCGGGCUGACGGGUGCCAACCUGAAGGAGCCCGCCGAGCUCUGCUCCUGGUACACAGGGCUUCCCUUCAUCCCCCAUCUGGACAGUCUGCCAAACUUCAACAGAUCCAGCGAUGGCCCCGUCCGGUUACCCAUUGUGGACAAGUACAAGGACAUGGGCACCGUGAUUCUGGGGAAGCUCGAGUCGGGCUCCAUCAGCAAGGCGCAGCAGCUGGUGGUGAUGCCGAACCGGCACACUGUGGAGGUGCUCAGCCUGCUCUCGGACGACGUGGAGACCGAGGACGCGGGUCCCGGGGAAAACCUCAAACUGCGGCUGAAGGGCAUCGAGGAGGAGGAGAUCCUGCCCGGCUUCAUCCUCUGCACGCCCGAGAACCUCUGCCACUCGGGACGCACCUUCGAUGCGCAGAUUGUCAUUAUCGAGCACAAGUCCAUCAUCUGUCCUGGUUACAACGCAGUGCUGCACAUCCAUACCUGCAUUGAAGAAGUGCAGAUCACGGCCUUAAUCUGCCUGGUAGACAAGAAGACGGGCGAGAAGAGCAAGACGCGGCCUCGCUUCGUCAAGCAGGACCAAGUGUGCAUCGCCCGCCUGCGCACUGCGGGGACCAUCUGCCUGGAGACCUUCAAGGACUUCCCCCAGAUGGGCCGCUUCACGCUGCGGGACGAAGGCAAAACCAUCGCCAUCGGCAAGGUGCUGAAGCUCGUCGCCGAGCGGGAGUGAAGUUGGGAGGUCCGUCCUUGCACGGCCCGUCCAGCCGGGGACGGGGUCCGCGGCCGCUCCCCCACUUCCUUCUCUGCCUGCAGAAGACCAGCUUGUAAACUUGGAUUUUUUUUUUUUUUUUAAUUUUUAAAGGAAUAAAUGCAGACAAGACCCCCCCUCCCCGUGUCAGCUUUCUCAUAUUGAGAGCUCAGUUUCCCGUUUGGGCGGCCCAUCCCCGCCCCCCAACCCCCCCAGUCUGCCAUCGAUGCUCUAACUGACAUCCGCUUCGUUUUCCUUCUUCAGAAUGGCCGCAGUUACAUUUAACAGACACCGACCUGGGCUUGCUUGGAGUACAAAUAUGGUUUAGGGGACAAAACAGCUUUCAGACGAACCAAUCGAAACCAAAUCGUUUGACAUGUUGGUUGUAAGAGGCUCCCUUUGCUUAUUCAGAGAUUGGGUUUUCUUUUAGAGACGUUCGUGCAGCGGGUGCGAGCAUCACGUGUUAACAACUGUGAAAAUAAAAUAUUAAAUGGACGAACCGCAA